AUGUAUAUCCUAGGAAACUUUCUCUACAUCGCUGUCCUCCUCAUCAACGCCAUCGCCGUCCUCUCCGAAGACCGCUUCCUCGCGCGCAGUACGGCCUUCCUCGUUCCCCCCUCCGUCUACCCUCCUUGGAUCAACCUGUCCCCCUCGUCCUACGACCCAGCCUUCGGUCAGAGCACCGAUGCGAGUGUUAAGGCCAAGAUCAUCAACCUGAUUGCCAGCGUGCGGACGCUUAUGAGAAGUACGUAUACCAUACCCGCCAGACUGAUUGGGAGCUUCGGGAGGCGAGAUGCUGACGUCCCCCACUUUGCAGUACCGUUAAUAGCGAUCAACACCCUCAUCAUUUUCUACGAGCUCAUCCUCGGAUAG